AUGUUUUGGAUAAUUUUUGUUUUACUGGUAUUUUCUACUGGUGAUUGUAUUCUUAUCGGUAAAAUGGAUAAUACUAUAAGGAUUGGUAAUGUAUAUAAAUCAUUAUGGAAUAUAACGCAAAGUCAGUGUAUAUGUGAAAUGAUAAAUUCAAAUGGAAUAAUGUCAACAUUAAAUUAUUUUUCAAUAAAUCAAACUUGCCAAUUAUUUUAUACAAACUACAGUUCGAUUUUAAUUGAAUUUAAACUGAAUUCUUCUUUAAUAUUUAUGAAUCAAUCAGCAAUAUCCAUAGAACUGAAUCAGAUCACAUCGACAUCAUCAUCAUCAACAACAACAACAACUACCAUCACUACGACAACAACCACCACCACUACGACAACAACAACCACCGCGACAACAUCAGCACCUGUUUGCGCUGACAUUUGUCCCAGUAAUCGGACAUCUGAUAUUACUAGCACUUGUGGUCACACCUGUAUUACUGAUGCCAGUAUUGGCAAUCAACAUGUUGGUUCUACCGGCACUUGUGGUAUUAAUUCUACUUAUUGUGCUGGUGGCACUUAUACUAUAACUCGUAAUACUUACAGCGAUGUUAAUUUUGAUUGUAGCGCCUGCUGUGGUUGUGGCUCCUAUGGUUGUUGUACUGGUAUUGGUCUUUCUUCCAGUACGAAUGUUUACUGUAUUAAAUGUAAUUAA